AUGGCCACCAACGAGGCCGGAGCGCCCGAGGAGGAUGCUGGCGGACCAAAUUGUGUACCUGAAACAGGCGACUCCUUAGCCGCACACGUUCCACCCUUCCCGCAAUCUCUGGCUCGUCUCGAGAGCUGCCGGUGCGUCACAAAUGCUGACGGCCAUCACUUUCUUCUCUGUGAAGAAGAAGAAAACAUCGACAUCUUGCGUCAGUCCUCCUCUUCCUUUUACCCCACGAACCCGGAAGGCGUCUUCGUCCUCCACUCGCCCCUCCUUUCUUCACAUCUCUCCGCGACUGCAUGCUCUUCGUCGGUCUCUGACCCCAAGUCGAACGCUGGUCCCCGCCGCGUGGUAGCUGUCUCCAUUCCCCUUGCCGUGAGCAAGUCGGAGAGAGAGGCCCGUGAACUGUUGAAGACUCACCUGCCGGAGUGGGAGGCAGCGUUGCAUGCGUUCCUCUCAGGAAAAGAGGAGAGUGCCAGCAGCGCGGACAUUGCGGUGGACAAAAAACCUCGCGAGAAGAUGUCUUCCCCAGAGCUUGAUGUGCGCCCCGACGGCGGCGCGGACCCGACUUCGGGAACCGCAGACUCGCAUCUCGCGCAGGCAAGUGUUGCCCCAAACGCGCCGCCGCUCGCUCCUCCCGCGCCGCUGGCGACAGACGAGGCUCGCCCUGCGGGCGGCGACGCACGCGGAGGCGAGGACGCCUCCGAGACCGUCCCAGUGGCUUCGGAACAGAGCGCAGCGGGAUUUGCUGCGCCCGGGGUGCUCACGAAGGAGGAGCCUCGUGGCGACGAACACGAAGUGACUGACUUGUCGACCAACGGGCGGACUGCGAAGGAGGAACACGGCGUCCCUGCGGCGUCUUCUGGGCUUGGCGCGUCGUCGCUCGCUGCUUCGGACAGCACGGCCGGCGCCUCUGCGAAUCCUCUCCCCUCCACUGAAAAGACACAGGGAGCCAGUAACGCGAAGGGCGUGGACUCGCACGCGUCGAUUGCCUCGCCAUCUUCGGGCGCCGCCUCGAACGGUGCGCCGCCCAAAUCGCCAGGCCACGCGCUUCCCGCGUCAAGCGGCCAGCUCGCAGGGGGAGGACCCCAGGCGUCGCCGGGCACGCCUUCCCGGACGCCUUCGGCUGCAGGCGAGGCAAGUCGACGCGGAGGUGCGACCCUCGCGCCGGCAUCUGCGCCGCCCCCGCGCCGGCCGACCCUUUUCAACCUGCUGGAUGCACUCGCCCACGACAGUGUGACGACGCCUGACCAGCGGAACUGCAUCCGCAGCGUUGUGACGGACUUUUUGAACCACAGCUUGCCGCAUGCGAAGGUCUACACGUUCAUCGGGGCGAUCGUUGGGCACGACGUCCUCCACGCGAUGGUCCGGAAACUGGAGGAGCAACCGUCGCGUCUGGGCGCACCCGACCAGGGAGGCCUCACGCGCAUCGAGAAGGCGUUUGGUCUCACGAAAACAAGCGGCGCCGUCGCUGGAGGCGCUGCGGGGCCCGCAGGCGCCGGCUCGGGGACUGGAGCCGCAGGCCGCCUCGCGUCCAAGUGCGAAGAGGAAAAGAACCAAGUGAAAAACGCAGUUCUCGGCGAAGCAAACUACUUCCAAAACAGUGGACAACACGCCCGCACUGGAGGCCGGUCACACGCAGCCAGCGGGCUUCAUGGCGUUUCCGGCGUUGGCCCCUCGGGCGCGACCGGCAGCGCACACGGUCCAGGCGAGCGCGACUCUCCGCUGGCCGCGGUUGCUCGACACGCCGCUGCAGCGACGCAGGCUCAGGGCGACGGAGCGGGCCGAGACUCGCGCGUCGUGGUCGGGCAGAGCCGUGACGAGGUGGUGAAGGCGAUGCGGAGGAAUUUGGAGGCGCGGAGACAAGUCCAGGGCUCUGUUGAUGUUUUCGACCGCGUCAAGUGGCUGCCUGUGCGUCGCGCGCUCACGCCAGUUCCGGUCUUUGGCCACUCGCUGGUCACCUUUAGCAACACAGCAGUUUUGUUUGGAGGCAGCAACACGGAAGGCGCCGUCAGUUUCCGCCACGUGUUUGUAGUCAACACGAACGACUUCUCAGUGCGGGGCUUUCCCAUGGGCGGCGACCCGCCCUGCGAACGCGAUGGCCACACCACCACGGGGCUGACGACUGCGGCGGGACCAGCGGUGAUUCUGUUUGGCGGAUGCAGCCAGGACUCGUUCCUCAACGAUGUGUACAUGCUCGAGGUGGAUCCCAAGAGAUGGGUUCGACGCCACCCAGUCGGCAAGGCGCCGCAGCCGCGCGACCAGCACGUCGCCGCUGUGUUCCCAGCGCGCACGGAGACGGGCGUCUGCCGCGAGAACAGCCAGGAGGUGCUAUCGGAGUUUCUCUUCAUCUUCGGAGGACGCAUCGGAUGCCCGGAGGCGUACCAGGCGACGAAUGACAUGUGGACGUUGCAUUUGGCGACGGAUACCUGGACGCAAGUGUUGCUUGAGGGCUCUCGCCUUCGGCCGCCUCCGCGGUUCGGCUGCUGCGGCGUGUGGUCCAACGAUUUGUUUUUGACCGUCUUUGGAGGCGAGACAACCGCCCCCGCGCACGGUUGUGCCUUGGCGCGCGACGCCGACCGCGCCGAGGACGACGGCGACGCCGAACGGGCCCUGCCGCGCCUCCUCCUCGACGACAUGUGGCACUUCAAAAUCCUCGACGUCGUCGGCGCGGGCCCGGACGCUCGCCACGCGCGCGGGGCGCACAUCGUCGGCGAAUGGACCCAGGAGAAGUACGAAGGCGCCGUCGCCCCGCGGUCGCACUACUCUGCGAUCUUCAUCACGCAGCGCUACCAAGAGCCGCGUGCGGAGCCGCGCACGGUGGAGCGUCUCAUGUUGAUAACGAGCGGGCUGACGUACGAGCAGGAUUCUCAGCGGUCGUCCGGCGGACUGAACGCGAUGCCUCGCCAGGACGCGAAGCUGGAAGCCGCGAAGCCGCGCAAAGUCGUGGAGACCGACAAGAUCACGGUAUACUUUUUCAGUCGGAAGAAAUGGUUCACUCUGAAACCCCGGUACCCGGCAGACUACGUGUACGACCUCUGCGGAGCGCGCCAGAGACACGUCGCCUGCUUCUUCGAGGCGCAACCCCUCACCCAGCGCGCACCGAGGCCUCCGGUCCCCUGUCUCCUCAUCCACGGUGGCUUCCGAGGCAAACAAGUUCUGAACGACGCCUGGGUGCUGUCGCUGACGGGCGAGGAUCCGUAUCGAGGCGCGUUGUUUGCGAGUGCGAACCGCGGGGCGAACGCAGGCUUUGGCGCGCCUUCCGCCUUUGCGCCGUCGAGUCUCUCUUCGUCGGCCUUGCAGCAACUGGCUAUGGGCCGCUCGAUGCUCUCGCUGCGCAUGUACCCCUCGUACUAUAUUCGAGAAACGCACAGCCCGGGCAUUCUCUGGGCGCUGUGUGGCCAGCAGCGGUGGGCUUUUGGGGCUAUUUCCCAGCUCGUUGAGAACUCGCUGUCUCCAGUGGUGACGAGCAGAAACGUUUACGUGACUUGGGAGGAAUCCCCCGAGAAGGAACCGAUGCUGGCGAUCCAGGACGACGGCCAAGGCGUCGACUACCCCGCGAUGAACGCCCUUUUGAGACUCUUCGGAACCUUCGAACCUGGAGACCGCAUGCGAAAAAGUUACGAGUACGGCGUCGGCUUUAAAAUUGCCUUUGGGCGUUUGUCCUCGAGCUGCGCUGUCAUGUCUCGAACGCAAGGAACGAUCGGCGUGGGGAUGCUGUCGAUGGAGUUGAUGGGUCACUGCGACGCUCGGGAAAUCGUUGCGCCUAUGUGCAUGUGGAGGUUGCCGAACAAGGAGCUGAUCAACCGAGAUCCGAACAACGCGGCAGACCACCGGCACCACCAGCGUCUCCUGAUGAGCUACACGCCUUUCACGACCCCGAAUUUGUUGGCGGAGCAAAUCAAUUUGCUCGGCACAGUUCCUGGGACGCGAUUGGUGUUUUGGGACUUGCGCGACGACUUGGACUUUCUCGUGUUUGACCCGGCUGAAGGCACACUGUUUUUGAACACUGCGCCGGCGGGCGAGCGGGGGCGGAAAGGCGAAGCAGGGAAGGCGGCUGAGGGGUUCGAUGUCCACGGGGCCGAGAAGGCCGCGCCGGUCGACUUGCCGCUGGGAAAGGGGAGACAGGAGGAUAUCACGCGGCCGCGCCUCGACGCCGACGACGGUCCAAGUCCUGCGGGGGGACCGGAGCUCCUCGACCUCGACGAGGACGGCCAGCCGUUGCCUGCGCGAGGCGGGAAGGAGACAGGUGUCUCCGAGGACGAGAAGGCGCGCGGGCCAGGAGACGCUGCGUCUUCAGCUGGGGACGGAAAGGAGGCGACGCCGCCAGGAGAGGAGAGCGCGAAGAGUGGAGAGAAGCGAGGCCGGCUGCAGGGCAGCUUGCCGCCGCUUUUCCCGCUGUGGACUUGUGCGCGUCAUUCGCCCGACUACUGCCUCCCGACUUACCUCUUUUGGUUCCACCUGCACUCGCCUGCGCAGCUUCACGUCCAGGGCGUGCCUCUGUUGCCCACUCCCGCGAGUCUCGCGAAGAUCGUCGAGCAGGAAGCGUGCAAGAGCGAAGAAAAGCGCGACGGGGCCGAGGCGCAUGCGGGCCAAGAAGGCGCGGAGCUUCUCCAGGAGAAGGACGGGGAGACGCGAGGCGACGAGGAGGAAGAAAAACGAAAGGAAGCAAGAGAAAAGCACGAAAAAGAGGAACUCGCAGAAUCUCCCGGACCAGGCAGAUCUCUCUACUUCUUCCUCAAAGAACGCCUCUACUGCCAGGCUGAACUCCAGUACCUCUUCACGCCCGCGGACCACGCCACAGGCUGCUUCGCUCUCUUUGGCUUCCUCAACGAUCCGUGCGCGCCGCUUGCGCCUGGGCCGAGCGCCGCGCCGCGGGUCUGCGAGGCUGGUGUGUUGCUCUACUUUCGCCAGCGGCUCAUUCGCCGCCUCGACGCAGCCUUCCCUGACUACCCGAAAGCGCUGAAUGCUGCUUGUGAGCCUGCGGAUGAUUCUCUUUUCGGAGGAAAAGACGGGACUGGCUCGGCAGAAAUGUUCAAGUACUGUCUCACCGCCGUGGUCCACGUGCCGGAGUGGAUGCUGCCGUCGAUGACUAAACAGGAUUUCCGCCACGAGAACAAUUUGCCGUUCAUGAAAUUCAAAAGCAGACUUUUGAAGCUGAUCGACGAGUAUCUGCGUCGCUGUCGCAACCCCCAGGCGCUCCAGGCCUGGCUGGAGGACAGGGCGCGCCGCCUCCGAGAGUACCACGAGGAACUCCGCCGCUCCCGCCCCAAGAGACGACUGGGUGAAGACUUCACUGACGAAGAGCGUCCUCGCCGCAGCCCCACUCCCCCUGUGACGCACUCCAGUUCAGGGGCUCCAAUUUGGACAGGGGAGCGAGGCAGCGGCGCGGCUGUGUCGCUCCCCCCCGUCAAGCAACGCGCAGUGGCGCGGCCAGGGGCUGGAAGCUCCGGAUCGUGGACGGAAGAGCGCGGAAGCGAGAGAGAAGGCGAAGAGCGAAAGGAGGUUUCGGCGGAGACAAGCAAGGAAGAGAGAAUGGACGAGGGCGAAGACCGGACCACUCCCGCGUCGGAACUCGAAGGCGCACAGCCUGGAGGAGAGCGCGAAAAAUUUGCAGAGGCCGGAAGCGAGGGAGCGUCCGGGACGGGAGUCUCCUCUGUGGUGGAUUCAGGGGACAUGGUGGCGGAGACAGCGGGCGCUGUUCCGGUCGCUGGGGCUGGGGACAGUUCGGGCUCGGGGACAACUGGGGCUCUGGAGCCCAACGCGGUCGUUGACUCUGAAGGUUUGUCGGGGGCCGGAGAGCAGGCCUUGGAGACAGAUGUGUAA